CUGUUUUGCUGGGUAGCCACCAGCCUCCACUCGUGCUGGUCAUAUUCGCUUUUCGAUCGAAAUGGCUGAAGAAUCCAAGGAGAGCAAGUCCAAGGACAAUCUGAAGACGGCCCAUGGUCCAGUGUCGGCGCUACAUCCACCGCCGUCAAGCACUCCUAAGCAUGAGCCGAGGAUAGCUCGUUUCACUGCUUCUAUACUAGUGUUAUGGACUUUGGGGGUGUCUCAAAUGAUUAGCCAAAGGUUAGCUAGUGGUGCAACGUUACCCGUUGCUCAGUUGCUAUUUGUGUUUCUUUGUGCCUACACGCAUGAGUGGAACUACGUACAUGGAGAAGGUUUGACAAGAACCAGAAGGGCGUAUUUUGACAUUGUGAACGUGCUAGAGACGUAUCAGACCCGUGCAAGAACGAUGGGGCACCUAUUUGAUCCGGGACCACCAACACCCAUGGUUUCAUUUAGCAAAGAAAAGGUGGAAGGUGAAGACAGACCAGGCGCUACCCAUGAAGCCAGUGAAGAGAAGACCGACUUUACUCUCGCUCGGGAUGCCCAUUACGCUAACAUGUAUCAAAUUGCAAUGAAAUUCAAUAAGGAGCUGGAAAUGAUGCAAAAAGCUGGAAUCGCUGAGAAAAAAGACUCAAAAGAAUCGUCAGGCUCUGGCGGUGAUGCUGACUCUAAAGAUGAGAUAGUCCUCCGUCAGCAAUAUCGUCUCAACGCUAUGGAAAACGAUAUGGAGUUUCUUCUCUUUUUUGAGCGAGAAAAUCUAUAA